AUGGUAGUGACUAAGUUCAAAACUACACCAGAAGCAGUACAGGGUACAACAGUUGUAACAGUGGCAGUACCAGAACAAACUGUCUCAGUAGCACUGAUAGAAGCAGUAGGGCCACUUGUAACGGCAGCUGAAGAAGCAGCAGACGAAGCAGCCGAUGAGGCGGCAGAAGAAGCAGCCGAGGAAGCUCCUGAGGAGGCGGCAGAAGAGGCAACCGAUGAGGCUCCUGAGGAAGCUCCUGAAGAAGCAGCUGAAGAAGCCGCAGAGGAAGCAGCUGAAGAGGCAGCUGACGAUGAAGCGGCAGAAGAGGCAGCUGACGAUGAAGCGGCAGAAGAGGCAGCUGACGAAGAAGCAGCUGAAGAAGCAGCUGAAGAAGAAGCGGCAGAAGAGGCAGCUGACGAAGAAGCAGCUGAAGAAGAAGCGGCAGAAGAGGCAGCUGACGAAGAAGCAGCUGAAGAAGCAGCUGAAGAAGAAGCGGCAGAAGAGGCAGCUGACGAUGAAGCGGCAGAAGAAGCAGCUGACGAUGAAGCGGCAGAUGAUGCAGCUGACAAUGAAGCGGCAGAUGAUGCAGCUGACGAUGAAGCGGCAGAUGAUGCAGUACAUGUCAAUCCAGUAGCAGAUGCACUAAGCUGGCCAACAUCGUUGAUAGUGGUAACCAAAUUCAAGACAGCACCACUGGCAGUACAAGGGACAACAGUUGUAACAGUGGCAGUACCAGAACAAACUGUCUCGGUGGCACUGAUUGAUGCAACUGGUCCGGUUCUCACAGCAACUGAGGAAACUCCUGACGAAACAACAGAGGAAGCAGCCGAAGAAGCGGCCGAUGAGGCUCCUGAGGAAGCUCCUGAAGAAGCAGCUGAGGAAGCGGCAGAGGAAGCAGCUGAAGAGGCAGCUGACGAUGAAGCGGCAGAAGAGGCAGCUGAUGAUGAAGCAGCUGAAGAUGCAGCCGAUGAAGCAGCAGAAGAGGCAGCUGACGAAGAAGCAGCUGAAGAAGCAGCUGAAGAAGAAGCGGCAGAAGAGGCAGCUGACGAAGAAGCAGCUGAAGAAGCAGCUGAUGAAGAAGCGGCAGAAGAGGCAGCUGACGAUGAAGCGGCAGAUGACGCAGUACAUGUCAAUCCAGUAGCAGAUGCACUAAGCUGGCCAACAUCGUUGAUAGUGGUAACCAAAUUCAAGACAGCACCACUUGCAGUACAAGGGACAACAGUUGUAACAGUGGCAGUACCAGAACAAACUGUCUCAGUGACACUAAUAGAAGCGGUAGGUCCGCUAGUAACGGCAGCCGACGAUGAUCCUCCAUUAGGACAAUCUCUACAAGCCAAUGUUGGGCCGGCACUAGACGAAGCAGCCGAGGAUGCCGCGGAAGAAGCAGCAGAAGAAGCUCCCGAGGAAGCUCCCGAGGAAGCUGCUGAUGAAGCAGCCGACGAAGAAGCAGCAGAAGAAACAGCUGAGGAAGAAGCAGCAGAAGAAGAAGCUGAAGAAGCAGCUGACGAAGAAGCAGCAGAAGAAGCAGCUGACGAAGACGCGGCAGAAGAAGCAGCUGACGAUGAAGCGGCAGAUGAUGCAGUACAUGUCAAUCCAGUAGCAACGGCACUAAGCUGGCCAACAUCGUUGAUAGUGGUAACCAAAUUCAAGACAGCACCACUGGCAGUACAAGGGACAACAGUAGUCACAGUGGCAGUACCAGAACAAACGGUCUCGGUAACACUGAGAGACGCAGCGGGUCCACUUGUGACGGCAGCCGAAGAAGCAGCUGAGGAAGCGGCAGAGGAAGCAGCUGAAGAGGCAGCUGACGAUGAAGCGGCAGAAGAGGCAGCUGAUGAUGAAGCAGCUGAAGAUGCAGCCGAUGACGCAGCCGAAGAAGCGCCAGACGAAACGGCAGAAGAAGCAGCUGACGACGAAGCGGCAGAAGAAGCAGCUGACGAUGAAGCGGCAGAUGACGCAGUACAUGUCAAUCCAGUAGCAGCGGCACUGUUACAUUGA